CUCCUGCAGUGCACUUUCCAGCUUGAUCUACCGUCGCUGACAUCUUUCUGCCGUUGGCCCCAGAGCAACCACUUCUGUGACUGACUUCCGAUGGCGUCCCAACCUCCCGGUCAUCAUCUCACUCAGCAGCCCUCUCGUCAUGAGCCCACGACCACUCCUCCCCCCUUCCCAUCCCUGGUGACACUCGCAAUCAAGAAGGCCGCUCACAUGGCCAAGUCGGAUGAACGGCAACGCGACGAGCUCCGCUCGCAGAUCAUCAACAGCUCUAUCGCUGAUGUGGAGGUGAUGCUGGGGCUCGUCAAGCAGCACAUACAGGAGGCGAUGAGCCGUCUUGGCCUCGAGGAUGUCUUGACCUUCACGGUUUGUGACCUGGAGGGCGCCUGGGAGGUGGCCUAUUUGCUGGAGCAGGACAGCGGCACGUGGCGGCUCAUUGGGCAAUUCAUCCGCCUGGCGGCCAUCUUUCGGCUGACCCCAGCCACCGGGCUGCCCCUGCGCGUAUCGUCAGAAUCCCUUCCCAGACAGUCGGCCUUGCACCCGCCCCUCGCAAUCGUCAUCUAUCAGCUGUUCUCGCAUCAGCUGACGGUCAAUGGACAGAGGCUUUCCCUGGAGCCAGGGGUCAUAUCUCCGCUGACGAGAUGGACGCUUCAAGUGAAAGCGUUGCUUGGCGACUCUCAGCCAACCAACAAAGGAGGGGCGUAUCGGAUCGGCGAGAUGUUCUCGCUUCGGGCGGUUCUUUACGGGGAGUUGCCUGCCGGCCAUCCCUAUUCUGCCACCUACAAGGAGACUGACCCGCCAAUCCGCUGCGGACCCUGGCUUUGUGCCUCCUUCACGGCGUUUCUCCUUUGCUGCCUGGGUACGUGCUGGUCUGGAGAGGCGGCAGUGAGCAAGGAGAAAGUGCUGCAUGCGCACAUCGGCGACAUGGAUCCUCGCUAUGAGAGGCUGCUCACUGACGACAUCCCCGAGCAGCAGGGCGUCUCAGUGGACUAGCGGCAUGACGGAGGGAACCUGAAUGCAACACAUCCAUCGGCCCAUCGUAUUGUGCUCGUGAGCGGCUUUCGACCUCACGAGACUUUCACCGCCCACGUGUCAGUGGCCGGCGAAUCCAUCGAUCUGUACACCACCGAGUCCCGUGCUAUUGCUCCAUCAAGGCGCCACUUUAGUGUUUCCAUUCCCAUGUCGCUACACGAGUGGCGCGUUGCAGUGUGGAACGGUUUUCCAGCGUCGAUGCCGAAGUGGCGAGGGGUGUGAAGGGAAUUUGGCUUGAAGCAGCAGGUCAUCGAGAGAGGGACAGUGAUGUUGAGAGGCCAUUAUUGGUUCUGAUUAGCUGGGCUGUCGCUAGGGCGUAAGCUGUGUGGUGAGGCAACUCGAUCUCGAGAGUAAUGUUAUUGACGGGGGGACGGUGCUGGUGUGAUGGUGUGAGGUUCGCCGAGCAGCCGCUAGGGGAUUGGGUGUUUGUUCUGUGUCACGACACGACCGAAUGCCGAAUGAGCUGUCAUGAUUGUUGGUCUCUCUCGUCGAUGCUUAGUGUGUCCAGCUUUCUGACUAGUACUCGAUGUGUUUUUUUUCCGCCAAGAGCUACGAUGACGUCAAAGUCGGAUGUGUGCUGGGGGGAUGUGUGGGUGGAGUGUUAUCGGACAGGCUGGGGGAUCGCAUCGAAUGCGUGACGCACUGGUUGCGUUGCUAAUAUGGUGAGAAGACAAAGUCAGGCAGUGACGUCAACAUACACAAGCAAGUCAGCACUAUGAAUGUGGUUCAUACGCUUCCCGAUGUCUGUCUGCCUGCCUGAGACAACGAAGCAGAAGAGCACACGACAUCACAACACAGCACAUAACUGAUCACAUCACUGCAGGUUUGGGGUGGUGGUUUUGCUGGAUUGCUGCUGUGUGUGUGUCAUCGAUCUGAUCUGAUGUGGUGCGUCUAGGGGAGGCUGGCCUGCGCUCUGUGGCUGGGGGUGAGCAUGAGUGCGCGUAUGAAUAGAUAUCUGUGGACACGGACAGUUGGAUUGGACUGGAUGUGAGUGAAUUCGCCCACCGUCAGUCAGUCA